UCUGAUUGUCAUGAGAAUACAGUGCACACUUUAGAAGGAUGUAUGAAUUGGACUCAACUCUAUGUUUGAGCAAAUAUACUCGAUCUUCAUAUAGGAGUUUGGAAUAUCGAUCAACACCUUAGUAGGAAAUACAUUAUAUGAUAUAGGGAGAAGAUUAUUCUAUGUGGGACGUACAGAAUUUUAUAAAAGUAAUUGAAGAGCAUCCAAGGGGAGAGAGCAUUUCAUCUGUUAAGGGAGAUGGGAAAGUUUAGCUGUGCCUACUUAAAUGUCUAACUUUCAUAUACUUUGCUUAAGUUUUACAAAGAUCUUCUUUUCUAUGCUCAAAGCAGGGUCGAUGUGGAGAAAAUAGGAGGAGAAAAGAGUAUGAGCUAAGAAAUGUUACAGAAAUGUUGAAGAAAGAACCUUGAUCAUGAAAAUUCUAUUUCCUGAAAUCUGAAAAUGCAAGGUAAUGUAGAAUUAUAACAUGAACUUUCUGGAUAUUUCAUUUGAAAAAAAUCAGCAGCACUGCCUAGAUUUUUUAUUUCAAAUAUAAAUUCUAAGAAUUUCGGUUCUUUGUCUAAGAAGACACAUGAUAGAGCUAUUACUUUUGAAGAGGUAAGCACAUUUUAGUUCUCUCUAUUCAUCUGCAAACAAGGAAACCUAAAAACUAAUGUGAGUUUAAAUUUUUUUAUAGUCUUGAAAUUUAUAUCCCACACAUGGUAGCAGUUAAGCGGUAUGAUAGGCUUUAUGAUAGAGACAUAAAGUAGCCAGCUACUUUCUGUCUACUCAAAUGUUAUUGGGGUGGUAAAACUAACCUUCACUUUGAAGCUCAUUUACUUUUGCAUUUUUUUUUUCACCAUGGCCAGCCUCAGAUUUCCGUGUUGUUCUAUCUUUUGCUAAUAGAAUAAUAUAUUUCUGCAUGGGUCUUGUGAACACAUGUGAGAGAUCACCUCUGUGUCAACAUCUGAAUACAGGAAUUAGGCUGACAAUUCCAACCUUCUAAACAUAUUUGGGCCAGGUAUUUCUUUUGCAUCCCAAAUGACUAGAACAAGUUCAAACUAUUCCACAUUACAAUGAGUUUUGAGGCAUAUUGUGUCUGUGCCUUCUGCUUUUGGUAUUUCAGCAUUAUAUUGCCUGCCAACUACCAUUCUGAUGCACCCAGAUUCUGUCAUGACUGAAGGUACAGAUAACCUUACCAGUCUGACAAUUCCCUUGAAAAAUCAGGGUCAGAGACAGCAAAGACAUAGAACACAAUGGGGGGAAAACCAGUUUGUCAAGUCCUGCCUUGUGGCUAAACGUAGACACAAUACCUGUCCAACCUACUACUCUCCUUCCAAAGUCACUGUUCAUGUGAUCCUUUGUGGUGAGGAGCUGGCCAAGAAAUUAUUCCAACCCUCCUGACAAGCAAAAAUGAAUAGGAAAGACAAAAGUAAAAUUUGUGGCACCUCAGAAAAACAUGGGGAAAAGUUUAUUUUUUUUAAUACCCUGGAUUUUAAAUGCUCCUACAAUUUGCAUUUUUAAACUGAAGUAGAACAUCACAUUGGCUCAGCCAAAUUUUGGUUACAUAAGGUUUUUUUUUGUGUUGUUGUUGUUGUUUUUCUUAGCCUUCCAUUUUCAAUUGUGAGCAAGUAUUGGGAAAUAUUACAAACAGUUUAUUGUGGUUAAAAUCUUUGAAGUCAUGUGACUAAAAUUUGUCAAAGGUAAUAUCCUUGAAAUAUUCAAUCAUUCAUAUAAUCCACAUGCUUUAGCUCUAAAAUUAUAUUUUAGAAAUUCGCAAUUGGCAUUUCUUGAAAGCAGGAAUAUAGGAACAAUUCUUAAUCGUAUUCAAACAAUUCAAAUAUGAUCCUCUCUAAUAUUUCAAACAGCAAGAAAUCCCAUUUUAAUUUCAUCUAUUUUUAAUACAUAGAACUUUCAUUAAAGUUUGCAAACAUGUUAUUUUUAAAUGAAAUUUUAUUUUUUAAUUGUACCCAAGUAUAGUUUAAAAGUAUGAUAGAUACAGUAGAUGCAACUAUCCCAAAUAUGUGUUCUUUUCUAGAUUUAAUUUUUCUGGGGAUACAUAUCAUGUGUAAAGAAUGAUAGCUACAAGUGCUCAUUUUGGCAUGAUUUUUUUUGUUAAUUUCUACUAAAAUUGAUAUCUUCCUCCAGACACACAUGCUAGGAGAGCACUGAACAUUAUUGGAAUAUUAAUAUAUAACAUUUUCUAUUAUGAUGUGGUUAGUAUGUUAAGAAAUGCAACAUAUUUCUGUUCUUUCUUUCGUCUAGGUAUGCCAACCAGCAGUUCUCUGAAUGUAUGUCAACAUUUGCCUUAAUUAUCAGAGGGAAGAAAAAAAGGGGGUGGGAAAUAAGACUACUAACGUUCUUCAGAUUUUUUUUCAGAACCACCUUGAUAAUCAUUAAUAGGAAAGAAUGGAAAUCAAUCAAUCAAGUGUAACAACAUUCAUUCUUUUGGGAUUCAGCAAUAUUCCCCAAAUGGGAAUACUCCUCUUUACACUGUUUUUUAUUAUAUACAGUUUGUCUAUUGUGGGGAACCUACUUAUUGUUCUACUUGUUGUAUUUGACUAUCAUCUUCAUACCCCCAUGUACUUCUUCCUUGUUAAUUUGUCUUGUUUGGAGACAUGUUAUAUUUCAACCAUCCUGCCCAGAAUGCUGGCUAGUUUUGUAACUGGGGAUAAAUCUAUAUCUAUCUAUGGAUGUAUGACACAAUACUACUUCUUUGGAUUUUUAGCAUCCACUGAAUGUUAUCUUCUGGCAAUGAUGUCUUAUGAUCGAUAUUUAGCAAUCUGUAAACCUCUGCAUUAUGCAUCCCACAUGAAUGGCAAACUCUGUCUCCAGUUAGCCCUCAUAUCUUGGAUAAGUGGUUUGUUGACCAACACUAUCGUAACUGUUUUUCUGUUACAAUUAACUUUUUGUGGACCCUGUGAAAUUGACCAUUUCUUUUGUGAUGUGUAUCCAGUGGCAAAUCUUUCCUGUAGCAAUACACACCUAGUGAAACUUGCUACAUUUAUUAUAGGAUUCAUGGGUAUAGGGACCACAUUUCUUUUAACAAUGACCUCCUACAUCUAUAUACUUUAUACUGUGCUGCAAAUGAAAUCUAAAAAAGCACAACAAAAGGCCUUUUCUACCUGUUCUUCUCAUCUCACGGUAGUUUCAUUUUUCUUUAUUUCACUAUUGCUUGUCUAUGCUGUCCCUGGAACAGAAAGACUGAAGGAGCUACAUAAGAUCUUUUCUCUGUUUUACACUGUCCUGACUCCAGUGCUCAACCCCAUCAUCUACAGUUUGAGAAACAGAGAAGUGAAGGAAGCCCUCUUUAAAACUGUUAGAAAAUAUAACCAAAGAGGUAAAAUACAUUGAAAAUGGGGUUUUGUUGCUAUAAAGAGCUAAUUUGCUCAAGGGAUCCUUACUUGAUAUAUGUCAGAUCCUUUACCUUAUUUUACCUUAAAUUUUAUUCUAGUAUCUAAAAUAAUAGGUCAGACCAAUUAUGGCGAACCUUUUAGAGACUGAGUACCCAAACUGCAACCCAAAUCCCACUUAUUUAUCAUUGGGUUAUGGCCCAGUAGGUGGGUGUGACCACUGGGUAGGCGUGGCUGCAGUGGUCAUGGCAGACUGGGUGGGUAUGGCUGGGGUGGGCAUGGCCACCUCGAUGUUGUUCGUGGGGAGAGAUGCCUCUGGGGGCUAGGCAGGGUUGGGGCAAAUCCAGGGGGUCUCUGAUGGGUGGGAUGGUGGGCAGGAGGCUCAUCCUGCAGGGUGAGUUGAGACCAGACAAUGGGCAGGGCAGGGGUGCCAUUUCCUUAGGGCAAGGCAAGGCAAGGCAGGGACCAGUAUGGCAGCUGCCUGACACCAUUGGCCCCUGCACACAGUGAGUGCACGGGGCCAACUGUAUCUAUCAGCAGCCAUAGCCUGCCAACCUCUCGACUGGCACACUCUGAGGCUCUGCAGCCUGCUGCGAAUACCAGUCCAGCCCUCCAGUAGCAGGUGGAGUAGGAGAGGGGAGGAUCUGGUAUACUGAUUCCUUACCUCUGCCGCGGAAUCAGGCU